UUUCACAAGCCUUUGAUACAUCAUUGCCUGUAUAUUUAUUUUAUUCCGUAUUUGUGAGUGGGGUCAUCCAAAUAUCGUGUGGACUUGUGAAACUUACGUAAUCAGAGGAGAAAGAAGAGAGUCACAGAGAUCGUCACCCAUGGCUACGCUCUUCACCACAACCACCUCUCGUCCUUUCUCCGCAAAUCCUAGCAAGACCUUCUCUCCUUCUCUCUCCCUAAAGCCUAAUGCUCUCUCUUUCUCACUAACCCACCACCGUCCUCCCAGGCCUCUCCGGUUUUCCAAAAUCCGAUCUUCUCUGCCCUCCGAAUCAGACUCCGAACCGGAAGGUGGGUAUUCAAUCACAGACGAAUGGGGCGAGCAACCGGCUGAACCGGAAUCUCAGCCGGAUAACGCUGCGUCUGCUGUUUCAGACGAAUGGGGCGAGAAAUCCGAACCCGUACCCGAGGAGUCCGUGACCCGGUUCGCGGAAUCGGAUCCUCCGACGAACGAGGACGAGUGGGAGGAAAGAGAAGGUGGUGGUGGUGAUGAAGGAGUCGACAAGACUUUGGAGCUGAAGAGGUGUUUGGCUGAUACGGUCUACGGAACUGAACUAGGGUUCCGAGCUGGAUCUGAAGUCCGCGCGGAGGUUUUGGAGAUCGUGAAUCAGUUGGAAGCUCUCAAUCCCACUCAGGCUCCGGUUGAGAAUCCGGAGCUCCUGGAUGGCAACUGGGUUUUGCUGUACACUGCCUUCUCUGAGUUGCUUCCUCUACUAGCUGCGGGUUCGACACCUUUGCUGAAAGUGAAGAGUAUAAGUCAGUCUAUAGACACAAAGAAUCUCUCUAUAGACAACUCCACUACUCUCUCCACCCCCUUUGCAGACUUCUCCUUCAGUGCUACUGCUUCUUUUGAAGUUCGAACCCCUUCAAGAAUUGAGGUUUCUUUCAAAGAAGGUACGUUGAAACCUCCAGAGAUCAAGUCAAGUGUGGAUCUCCCGGAGAGCGUGGGUGUGUUCGGGCAGGAGGUUAACCUCUCGUUCCUGAAGCAAUCUUUGAACCCUUUGCAAGAUGUGGCAGCUAACAUUUCACGGGCAAUCUCUGGUCAGCCACCUCUCAAGCUUCCGUUUCCAGGGAACCGUGGCAGCUCUUGGCUAUUGACCACUUAUCUCGACAAGGAUCUCAGGAUUUCGAGAGGAGACGGUGGGCUUUUCGUGCUUGCUAGAGAAGGAAGCUCUCUGCUUGAGCUCUGAAAUAUUUGACGAGGUAUAUAUAGCAAGCAGGCUUCUUGUAAAAACAAUACUCACUAGAGAGAUCAUCAUAAUAAUGCUGAAUGCAAAUCAUUGGACCA